AUGACACAUGCCAACAGCACCGCGCUCUUGUUGGGCGGCGUCCGCAUGGAGCUCUCGCACUCAUGGAGCGCAGAACGCAGCACCUUGCUCCCGCUCAUCUUGUUGUACGCCGGGUCGGCCUCCGACAUCUACCGCAGCCCAGUCUAUGUGUGCAAGGAGUGGCUCGCAGCAGCCGACUCCAGCGAGUACUGGCUGGGCGUCGCCGCGUCGCUUCCCAACGGCAACGACACGUCACGUCUGGUCGCGACAGCUGCGUCGCCCAAGCGCUUCGUAAUCGACUAUUUUUUGGAGCAACUCAAACCGACGCAAUGGGAGGUCAACCCGAAUUUGGUGGUCGAGUACCGCGAUAACACGAGUGACGACGUGACAAGCCCCGAGGACCCACGCUACCACAACCUCACGUUUGCUCGACCGCCGCCGUCGCUGCCAUUUCUGCAGAUCCGGCUCUGCACAGCUCCGCGCUUCGAUCAAAACGAAUUUCAUCAUGCGGCGGGGGUCCUGUGGAGUCAAACCACGCGCUGUGUGAGCCUCGAAGACGUCAGAGCCACCGACACCCAAAUCGUUCUGGAAUGGCUCGGACGCGACACGUCGACGUGGGCUGGCCACUACGGUGCAAAGGUCGCCAAUGUCUCGGCCAUAUACCUCGUACACCCCGUGCCCGACGCCACCGUCGUUCUCAACUACUAA